GAGGACGAUGGAAGGAGAAGAGGUACAGGCAACUAAUCCCAGAUGAAUCACAAGAAAUCAGUGGUGUGACUGCUGUGCUGCCUUCUGUGUCUCUGAAGUGGAUCUUCCCUUUGGAUUGCCUUCUUUAUGCCUUGAGUUGAAGCUGUGGAGGCUGGCCCAAUACAACAUGAUCGACUAUGAGCGUCCCUCUCCAUUAGGCUUCGGGCCGACCAAGAGGAGUGUCUUGGUUCCUGAGCUGCCGGCACACAUGCAUAUACACACGCUGACUGCAAUGCCUCAGAGAUACUCCCACCAGAGGAGGAAAGCUAACACAGCGGCUGCUAGAAGAAUGGAGAGGAGAAGCAGGGAGCGGAGGAAAAGCAACAGCAACAACUCAAAUACAUGCCACAACCACCGCUCCAAGAAGCUGGCCUCGCUCUCCAGGUCCCUUAUCCUAUGUCACUCCAAGACCAACGAUGAAUAUCCAGAAGAGAGGCAUUCUGGAGAAGUGUCAGACGAAUGCAAGACAUGGGGCUGGAGAGCAGACGUGACUGUCGGGGAUCUGACACUGUGCAGAGCUGCAGAAAAUAAACAGCAGAGCACGACUCAGCCAUCAGGCCUGGAGAGAGCAGAGAACCAGGUGCACCACACCACCACAUUCAGGGAGAAUAAAAGGAGUGUGAGGAGGUCCUUCAGCAUCAAGGAGAGCAGUAUCUGGAGGAUGUGUGUGGCCACAGGCCCUGCUGAGGAGGCUGAUAACACCUUUCAGACGGAGGAUAAAGACACAGAAAGACCCGGAGGGAAUGGAGGUAACCUUCACAGAGGCUGCAGCUUCCUGAGCCCAGACAAGCUGGCUCCCUUUAACGGACACUUUCUAAACGGCAGUGCUUUGAUGGUCGGGGAGAGGCUGACAAGCAUUCACAUUAAAGCCAACUGUGAGGACGUUUCCACAUGUGAAGACACUCUGUGUGUAAAAAGUGUGACUACAAGCCCACAGCAUCCAUCUGUACCUCUUUCAUUGUCUGGAUACACAACUGAGGACCUCAUGGCUAACAACAACCACCUUAAGUUACCAAUCCCAGAGGUGAAUGAGGACAGAUGCUGGGAAACUGAGGAGACUGAUCUUAGCCCACCAGGAGAAAUGUCCAGUGAUGGGACACGUUCCAAGUCGACCAAUGUUCAUCCCUACUGGAUUGGGGAUCUGGACAGCAUCAUCAUGAAGACCCCGGGGCUAUAUACCAGUCACCCUCGUGUGAACACUGGUUUUUAUGGAAACAGGAAGUCUCUGUCCCAACAGCUGGAUUUUACUCACACCAUUUCACAGCCCUUACAGCGACCGUCCCGCUCCCUCAGCUCUGCCCAGCUGCUACACUCCUGCAGCAACGUGCAAGCCUUCAUCAUCUGUAACAUUGUUCUGAUGAAGGGCCAAGGCAAGGGUCUGGGUUUCAGUAUAGUGGGAGGGAGUGACAGCAUCUAUGGACAGAUGGGGAUCUAUGUCAAGACCAUUUUUCCUGAAGGGGCCGCAGCUGCUGAUGGAAGACUGCAGGAAGGAGAUGAGAUCCUGGAGCUGAAUGGAGAGUCCCUACAUGGACUGUCUCACGAUGAAGCCCUGCACAAGUUCAAACAAAUCAAAAAGGGCGUGCUGACUCUGGUGGUGAGGACCAGCCUGCGUGUGGGGGCCCUGUGUGGUCCGGCACAGGUAGCUCAUCUAUGCAGGUCGCGCUCCCUCAGCUCAACCACAGGCACAGCAGGGGUCAGUGCUGACACGGGAGACUACAACCAGCUGAACACACAGAGCGAGGGGCAGCUCACCAAACCCAGAGAUCGCAUCAUGAUGGAGAUCGUCCUGCAGAAAGAGGCCGGAGUUGGUCUGGGUAUUGGAUUGUGCUGUGUUCCAUCUGGUGACGGAUGCCCUGGGAUCUACAUCCACAAUGUCUCUCCUGGAUCUGUAGCACAUAUGGACGGUAGACUCCAGUGUGGGGAUGAGAUCAUGGAGAUCAACACCACUGUGGUUCACAACAUGGCACUGAAUGAUGUCUACACAGUCCUGAGCCAGUGCACACCGGGUCCGGUCCACAUCAUCAUCAGUCGACAUCCUGACCCCAAAGUAUCUGAGCUGCAGCUGAAUGUUGCCAUCACUGAGGCAGUGGAGAACAGCAAACUGAGGAAGGAUCGGAGCCAGUGGAGUAUUGAUGGGAUGCGUAGACUGGAGGCCUGCUCUCACAGCCUGCAGAGAUGUGAGCGUUGUCUGGAGAGGAGUUUCAGUCAGCUUAGGGUUCAACGAGCACAGAAAACCAUGACCCGCUCCUGCAGCGAUAGCACCAAUAACCACCAGCGCAACUGCUGCCUGACCAUCCACAACCCCCAUCACACCCACCAUAACCCAUCAGGCCGGGUCCACAGCCUGGACACACCCAGGUGUACAACAAGAACAUGGUCUGACAACAGACUGUCAGUACCUGUGUAUCCCGAUGAAGACUAUAAUGUCCCAUACAUCCCCUCUUCAGCCAACUCGUCCAGUCAGCAGGCUCUGGACCUGGCCCUCAGGGGAAACAAGUCUACCUGCAGAGUGCAUGCUGCUCCAUCUCAGUACUGCUGGCCUCAGGAUGUGACCAGUGAGGAGGGUUAUAAUGGAGACUCCAGUGGCUCCAGUAGAGAAUCCCCAUUAAGAGAAGAAGGACUGGAUCUCUCAUCAAACACCAGCUGCCAGUUCUUCACCAGUAUGUACAAGGCAUUACAAAAGAUCCUGAGGUUGCUCUUGAGGAAUCAGGAAGAAGAACGAAGAAGGGAACCACCGCAGGGGAGCAAAGAAGAUUUCACUCAUCCAGACCCUUCUGCCUGCACCGACAACAGAGUACACACAGGUCAUUCAUUAGCUGUCUGCUCACAGCUGAAGAAAAGAGCUCUGAGGAGACAGGCUCGCAUUGACCAACAUAACCAAGAGAAACUACAGGAUCCCUGGGUCCGCCUCUCGGACAGUUCCCCUGAAGAACUCCCUGAGAUCCACCACCAUCACCCCCACUACGCUGCAGACGGGACCCGGGCUCUCAAAAUCUGCAGCAAACCUUUCACCAUGAGUGACAAAGAAAACACGAUGGAGCGCAAUGGAACGGUCACAGACACCUCUGAUACCCCCCCUGUGGAAAAGAAAGGCCCUCCCGUGGCCCCAAAGCCCACCUGGUUUCGCCAGAGUGUUCGCAAAAUUCAGGAUGAGCAGGACCAGAAGAAGCCGGCUAAACCCGCAGAGCAGGGUCCUGAGGUGGGCUUCAGUAGAAGCUUUGGACUUAGGUCCGCCUCAUCCGCAGCCGGCCAGUCGAUCAGACAAAAGAUCCACUCGUUUGAGACUUUUUCCAGUUCAGAGGGUCAAGAGAAGGAGGGCAGCAGGAGGACUGUGGUGCCUUCUACCUCCCUGCCUCUGAUGGAGAAAGAGUCCAGGAAUCACUCUGCCACACAUGAAGUUUCAAGAAAAGGCAAAAAUCAGAUAUUCAGAGAGAGUCAGGCUGACCAGUCUGUAUCUGUUGGAAAUACAGACAACACCAGCGUCUCUAUUACACCCUCUUCUGUCACCUCCUCCGCUUCAGCAGCUUCAAGUCAAACAACAUCCAAACGCUCUGAACCUGUCUCCACCCAGGCAGCCACAGAUCUCCAACUCUCUGAUAUGACCAGCAUUGAUGUGGUCAUUCAUGAUUCUUCUUCUCCAGCUCCAGGGCACGAGGGCAGAGCUGCUUCACAGCAAGAGUCACAGCCACAAACAGUGGAUCAUAGUCAGGCUGAAUCUGAGCUGGUGCUACCUGCAACAUCCGUGAUACUCAGUGAUUCUGAGGGAGAGAAACCUCCAGAAGAGACGGAGGGAGACGGAGCACAGAGUCAAGGAAAGCUUCUGAAUAAAACUCUGACUUCAUAUCAGCCCACCGACUGUCCUCCACAGAGGAGUGUGGAGGGAGAGAGCCUGGGGAAAAUCCUCGCUUUCAGUGACCAGCUUUCACAGGCGCUGAUGCGUUCCCUCCCCAGCCAUGGCAGCCUCAGCUCCCCACAACUGCAGGAACCAUGUGGCCUGGAUAUAACAAACAAUCAGGAGUCUGAGCCCGUCCAGGACAGCAUCGACAGAGGAUUCUCUGUCAGCUUGGCUGCCAUGAGAGAGGUCACCAUCGAGCGAGGGGAGGGGGGAUCUCAGUACGAGUCAGCAGUCACUUCUGCUCAAUCCAUCAUCUCAGCCAUCCCGUCAGAAGAAAUACAGGAGCUGGUCCGCGAAGCCAAAACUCUGGAUGAAGAUACCCUUAAGCAGCUGGUGGACAUCCAUGUUGUGAUUGUGCACAAAGAGGAGGGGGCUGGGCUGGGCUUCAGCAUCGCUGGAGGUUCUGACCUGGAGAGCAAAGCUCCCACAGUCCACAAAGUGUUUCCCAGCGGCCUGGCAGCUCAGGAAGGCACCAUUCAGAAAGGAGAUGAGGUGUUGUCUAUAAAUGGACAAACCCUUCACGGUGUCACUCACGCUGAUGCCACUGCUGCUCUGCGUCAGGCCCGCACUCUGAAGCUGGCGGUUGUGGUUGUUAGCAAAAGAGCAGAGGAGACAGGGAGCGAGGGCGGAGGCUGCAGGAGUGAGGAGACCAACCCUGCAGUUACAGAGGAGGAGCAGGGUGAUCUGCUGAGGGUGGAGCUGGAAAAAGGUGCUGGAGGUGUUGGAUUUACACUGGAGGGAGGAAAAGGCUCAAUCCAUGGAGACAGACCUCUUAUCAUCAACAGGAUCUUUAAAAGCGGAGCGGCUGAGCAAAGCGGACUGCAGCAUGGAGAUGAGUUGCUGCAGAUUCAGGGGGUCAGUCUGCAGGACAUGACUCGAUUUGAAGCCUGGAACAUGAUCAAGGCUCUACCUGAAGGAGGCAUCACAACGGUGAUCAGGAGGAGGCAGGGGGGAGGAGAAUGACCAUGGAGAGACCAAAGAAAGAAAAACAAAGUAUAAAACAAAUGCACUAUUGACACUCUGAAUAUAUGCUUUUAUAAAAAAUCAGCUAUCAGCCACUCAGUAGACAUGGAUGAAAGUUUAUUUAAGGGACAAUUCAAUGAGAAAAUGCACAUAAAAUUGCAUCCAAUUCAAGUGCCUCAAUAAAUCACAUCUUCAGUAUUCAUCAGUAAAAGCUGUAAAAUGUCAUUCCUGUGAGCAACGGAGCCAAUCAGAGUAGUUCUAUUGAAGUUAUUGUUGCUAUGAUGGUUAUUUUUAGAGUCUGACAGCAUUACAGAGAUGGACCUUUUUGCUCAGGAGGAUAAAAAAAGUUUUUUAACCACAACCAGAUGUUACAUCACUCUCUUCAAAGUCACCGGAUUUCAUUGAAAUGUUAAUGCAACUUGAAAACAAACACAGCAACCAAUAGGGCAGCGACUCCAGUAUUUUGUGAGGUAACAGAAGUGCAUUUGUCAUGUUGUCUGGUGGCUUUAAAGGGAGCUAUUUAACUGCUGUAACAAUCAAUUAUUUACAUGAUAUACUGCUGAGUUAACCUGUGAGCAUUUAAAAAAGGUAUGCACCUGUCAAUCAUUAUUAUGCCAUAAAUAUGUGCAAGAUGUCACCUAGGUUUAAAGAGCAUUAUUCCCCUUUGAUUUUGUCUUUAUUUGGCCAAACAUUCAAAGUGUACAAUCAUGAUGUGAAUGUAUCAACUCAGACGUUAGGCUCCUGAAUACCAAAACAAAGCUGCUCGGCUUUUGUUAACGUCACCUGAUGUGAUGUAACUUCAGAUCGUAAAGUAACUUGACACAGUCUGUCAUCGGCAGGUCAGGCUGUAAGGGCGUGGACAAUGGAUUUACUUUUCCUUUUCCCUGCUUGUUCACCCUUCACUUGUUCUCAGUGUAAUGUUAUAUGAUAAUUACAGGCACAAAGUUGGUCAAACAUGAGAAAAAAAUGUGUUUUCAUAAAGUAAGAUUUAUUUCCCAUUUUUUCCAAUGCUACCAGUGCCUUGUUGAAAAGGCGUCAAUCUGCCAUUAUAUAACAGAAGAAAGCAUUAGUGUCAGGUGCUGGUAAACAGCUGCUGUAUGUUUCCAGCGGGAAAAGACUUCUGUGUGGAUCUCCUUUAAAAAAAAAACAUGAUGAUGACAAGUAGAAACUUCAUACAUUAUAUGUCUACACGCUUUGACAUCAAAUAAAACUUACCUUUACUUCAUUGUUUAUUGUUACAAUAGUGAAUUAAUUUUCAUUUCAGGUGAUUGUUUAAUUAGAACCACGAUGGUCACACCCUUACAGAUGAGCCGCAUCAUUAGGUUGCAGUCUUACUACCAGUGAUGUGCCAGCAGGAGGUGUACUCACAGUAAAAGUUAGAUGUGAAAACUAUAAUAUAACUUCCGACCUUAUUUGAAUCCCAACUAACAUGUUAACUAGUGAACUAGUUCAUAAUAAAGUUUGAGUAGAAAUGAGUCCGAGCAGUCAGAGCACAUUGGGAGGUGUCUUAGAGAAGCAGCAUGGCUAAUGUCAUGUUCAGAAGAAUUGAGCUACUUCAAUCAAUCACUAUUUGUAAAGCAUCAAUUCAUAACAAGUGUAAUCUGGAGACGCUUUACAAAAGAGCGUAUGUGAUAAGAUGCAGGAAGGAUUUCUCUUUAGUAUUCCUCUCGUUCCUGUUGUCCACACUUCCUCUCCGCUGAGGUGGAGGUCGGAGCAGGUCGUGCAUGAAAGAGGACGGCGGUGGUUGUGGGGACGACACAGGCCUUUUAUUCGAUGUCUUUAUUCAUAAAAUGUAAUUACAAACUACACACACUAAUACUAGGGUGCUUCUUUUCCAGGAGACACAACGUUUUAAUUUAAAAACUCAAGCUGGUCCCUCCAGCUGUGGCCUCUGCCAUCUUAAACACAACUUUGGAUCAAAACAUUAAAAGGUCUUUUAUUGACAUUACGGGUUACACAGUGACUAGAAGGUGUUACAGUUAAGGCUGCAAAACAUUUUGAAAGAAAUCUUGUUACUCCUAAAAAAAAGGGACAUGUUAAAUAGUCUCACCCUGUAUGGCUUAUCACACAGAUGAAAGACACCAAGAGAUGACACAUGGAGCCUUCCCAGAGUCACAUACACAUCUUUUUAGGGUUUUUCUUUGUCAUAAG